UGUUGUUAAAUAUUAUGCAGUAGUUUUUAUUUUGCUUUUUAAAAAGAGUGAAGGAUGAAAUGUGUGCCUUAUCUACUGUUUUGGAUGUUUUUUGAACAUUCUUAUUUUGAGCUAGCCUUGCUUUGUUGAUAUCACCACAAAUAAAAUGUAUAAUUUAUAUCUUUGUGAAUUUAUAUGAUUUUCAGUUCGCUCACAGACAUUGCAGUCUUCCAUAUAAAACAAAAAUCUUUAGUAAAUCUAUAAUUUAAUGAAGGAAAGAACAAGACUUGGUGAACUAAGAUAUAUUGAUAUGAAAGGUCAUAAUUUUCUCAUCGUAUAAGAGCUGUUAUUUAAACAAUGGAACACCUGCAUAUGGAAAACAUCGACAACUAAAUAAAGGGUUAGACGGGUAAAUUGAAGGCAUAAUGAAAACCUCUGUUGGAGUGUGUUUGGUGUUCAGUCUCGCCUUGGUGGGUCUUGGUUCUGCCAUUAAAUGCUACAGUUGUAAGGACUACAGUGGUACAUGCUCUAAGAUACGAGACUGCUAUUACGAUGAUGCCUGUCUGACAGUCUAUGAGAGAGGUGGUGACAUACACAGACAGUGUAUAAAAUACUCUGAAUGUGAUCACAACACAAUCGCUCAGAAAUUUCCCAAAAUUGCCAGCUUCAGGUUCUCCUGCUGUGCCUCUGAUCUGUGUAACACAGGCACUAUGUCACUAGCCAGCCACUCGGUGGUGGGAAUUCUGGUCUCACUAGCAUUCUUCUGGUGGUGUAUUCUCUAAAUAUUCACAAAAUGCUUCUGCAUUGUUCCUAAUAUGUCUAGUAGUGGUAUCAUGCAGCAAGAAAUCUUCUAUCUCUUUAGUCAAAUGGUCAAGAUUUGACAGCUUAAACCUAAGCUGCAAUUUUAAACUGUGUGUGCACACUGCUAAGGCUUGUAAGCACUGUUUGUUGUUUUGCACUUACCAGUGACAGGGAAACUGUCCGAUUAUAAUUGAUUGUAAUUUGUGGCUAUCUUUGUGUGUGUUUAAUUUUCAAAGAUAAUACUGUUACACAUGAUUCUGGUGUUAUGAAGAAUUCCUAUGCAGUUUUUCAAAGGGUACUCUACCACUGCACUUUUCAUAAAUGGCCUUCAUACAUGCUUUCAUUUGCCUUGUUUACGAAUGUCUUUAAAAAAAACCAUUGAAAACUUUGUGAAAUAUGUAGAUGUCUCUUUUCAUCAUAAUAAUCUGCUUUUUGUUACCACUACAUCUACUUACCAAUAAAGGAACAUGCUGAUUCAUGCA